AUGGAUGUGGCUAGCAUCGUAUAUAGCCUCACCAUUGGCAUUGUCUCUUUUAUCUCUGAACAUGAUGACCACAAGUCCCUGACCAAGGACAUAAACAAAUCCGUCUUGCUGGUCCAAAAGAAUAUCAAACCUCUAUUCGCCCACCCGAAGAGCCUCGAAGAGAACGAAUCUCUCAACGAGAGUCUCCAUGCACUGCAAGAUGUUCUCUUGAAUAUUUAUUACCACCUUCGUCUAUGGAAGGAGAGUAAAUCCCAUCGCGCACUUGCCCACCUUUACCCAUGGAAACCCACCCAGCAACUCCAGGAUGACAGACAAAUGUUGGUGGAGAAAUAUCUCUUGCUUAUGGGUGCGACCCAGUUCGUCGACCGCCUGCAGGGGUUCCAUGUCAUUUCUCGUGCCCCUACCAUGGACUCCAUCGUCAUUCCUCCUCCUUCGUUACCACAAUCAGUACCAUUCAAAAUCGAGCCUAAAGACGAUCCAGAGAAUUUAGAAGUCACCAAAUUCUGGUAUCACUGUGUUGGUGAUAAGACAACUCUGGCCGAAUCGGAAACCUUUUGCGUGGACAUUUCAGCAUAUCUUGCCCUGGAUCUUUCUCCAGUGGCCUGUAAACGGCUCUUGUUGCGUCUCGACGAGCGUGGAUCAGGAAACAUAUCCUUCUCUGCGCUUCAAGAACUCGUAAAUCAGGGCCCAUUCGCAGAUGUAAUUAAGACCUACACCCAAGAUCCUGCCUUACCCUUGUUGAUCUGGAUUGACGACGAUGUGGUUGGGAAUCAGCCAAAGGUGCUUGAAGCCUCCAAAUCUGGUGUUACAGUGAUCCAAUUAGCGUCAACGGCUGCCGCAAAAUCAUGGAUUACGAUAAAUGAAGAUUUUAUCAAGGCUCAUGACAAUCCCGCUGAGAUUCGCUUCAUCUCCGACCAAGUCCGGUUCGAUACCGACUCAAGUGGUACUCUUUUUGAGAACCAUGAAGCUGGCACCCAAAUCUAUCACUUCAUUCGUGGCCAUGGCAUCAAAGCACCUUUUCUCGUUUACACUGACCCCAAAAGUAUCCUCGUAACUCAUUACAUUGAUCAUGACGAUAUGGCGGGGUCAUUGAACUCCCAUUACAAGGUAUACAAAGAAUAUGUCAAUGCUUUGGGAGCCGGAAGGAAAGAUGAUAGAGGAUGGGCGAAAUUUAACGCUUAA